AUGGACAACCUAGUGCGAGAAAUGCAGGAUUUGAAAUCCAGCUUACAGUUUUCCCAAGAUGAACUGAAAGACCUGAAGGCCGACAAGGAUAGCAAUCUGAAGAAGAUAAAGCAGUUAGAACAGGAUAUUGCAUCUCGCAACGACGUUGUGUCCACAGGUCUCACCGAAAAACUAGACUACAUCGAAAACCAAUCAAGACGAAAUAAUCUGAUCUUUGAUGGCAUCAAAGAAGAGAAAGGGGAAACGUGGGAGCAAGCUGAGAUGAAAGUUAAGGACGUGAUCAAGAAGAAGCUGAACAUAAACCCAGUCCACAUUGAGAUUGAGAAGGCACACAGGAAUGGAAAGCCAGGAGAGAGGCCACGUCCAAUCGUCUCAAAGUUCCUCCGCUAUAAAGACAAACAAACCAUCCUCGGGAAAGUCAAAAUGCUGAAAGGGACUUUAAUCUAUGUGAAUGAAGACUUCUCUGAUAGAGUUAGAAGGAAGAGAAAGGAGCUCCAGCCAGCUCUACGUGCAGCUAGAGAGAGAGAGAGGACAGUUAGCAUACAUCAGAUUUGA